CCGUUCGUAGUUUUCAUUGCUAUGUGUGCCAUGUUUGGCGCUGUUCUAAGUGAUGUGUGUGGUCCGAAUGAGGUGCCCGCUGAAUGCGGCAACAGUUGUGAGCCAACUUGUGAUACAUUGGGCCAAGAAACCGGAAUCUGUAACAGCAUGUGCAUACCUGGAUGUACUUGCAGUUCCGGUUAUGUUCGUAAUGGUAAUGGAGAUUGCGUGUUGCCUGAAAAGUGUGAUUUAGGUGUGGUAGUCGAAGAGUUAACUGCAACCGGAGCUUGUCUCGCUUUCUAUAUUGCUUCCCCUCCAGCAUGCAACGAUCUCAACGAAGAGUACCUGGAGUGUGGCACGGCUUGUCCGAAAACAUGCCAGAACCUGGAUAUCGAUGAUGCUUGCAGUGACGAGUGCGUCUCAGGAUGCUUCUGCAAGGAAGGCUUCGUGCGUGGUAGCUCUACGGGACCGUGCAUUCCACCAAGUGAGUGUUCCAGCUGUCCCAAAAAGCGAGUGCAGCUCCAAGCCAAAUCAUCAGUUCAAUCCAAGCCUCCAGCUAAGUUCAAGUUAUCAAUCCAAGCGAAGAUGAAGUUUUCAGCUAUUCCCAUUAUCGUAGCGGUUUGCAUUAACUUUGCAUUGGCUCGUCCACAAUGUGCGCCUUGUAAUAAUUGUACUCAACCAUACGAAGAAUACCAACUAUGCGGGACAGGCUGUCCCGCGACCUGCGAUAACCAGCACCCAGGAGUUUGUAAUACAGUCUGCGUAGCUGGUUGCUUCUGUACCGAUGGUUACGUCCGCAACACCGUUGAUGGGACCUGUGUCUUGCCUGCCAAUUGUCCAUGUGCUACAACUACCACUCCGGAACCGUGUACGACUACCACUACUACAGAAGAGCCAUGCACUACUACGACUACUACGCAGGAACCUUGCACUACGACUACAACGACUCAAGAACCGUGUACUACAACUACUACCACCCAAGAGCCUUGCACUACUACGACUACCACUCAGGAACCAUGCACUACUACAACCACAACUGAAGAGCCUUGCAGUACUACGACUGUUGACCCCCCAUGCGCUGAAAAAAAUUAA